AGGGACAGAGCUUGAUGGACAUCUCAGGCUUCUCGUGGAGUGAAGCCGGCGCGGGUGACGGCAGGCAAGGAGAUGGUGGACUACAUCGCCGACUACAUGGGGGACGUGCGCGCGAGGCGCGUGGUCCCGGACGUGACCCCCGGCUUCCUGAGCGACGCCCUGCCCCGGGAGGCGCCGGUCGCGGGCGCCCCCUGGGACAGCGUCAUGCGGGACUUCGAGCGCCUCAUCCUGCCCGGGGUGGCGCACUCGCAGAGUCCUCACAUGCACGCCUACUCGGCGGUCCACUCGCCCCCCGCCCUCCUGGGUGACAUGUUGGCCGGGGCGCUCAACUGCCUGUCCUUCACCUGGGACCUGAGCCCGGCUUGCACCGAGCUGGACGCCAUAGUGACGGACUGGCUGGCCGGUGCGCUGGGACUGCCUGCGCACUUCCUGAACGCAGCGCCGCGGUCCCCCGGGGGAGGCGUGUUCCAGAACACGUCCAGCGAGGCGCUGCUCGUCACCUUGCUGUCCGCCCGGGAGAGGGCGGUCCAGAAGCACGGAGACCUUGGAGACCUCGGCGGGCGGCUGGUCGCCUACUGCUCCGACCAGGCACACCCCAUCGUGGCGAAGGGCUGCCGGAUGUGCCGCAUCCAGCUCCACGUGGUUCACAGCGACGAGGAGUACGCACUGCGAGGCGACCGCCUGCGGGAAGCCAUAGCCAGCGACCGACAGAUGGGACUCGUCCCGUUUUAUAUGUGUGCGACCCUCGGGAGCACAUUCGCCUGCUCCUUCGACAACCUGAGUGAGCUGGGGCCCGUGUGCGCGAGCGAAGGCGUGUGGCUCCACGUAGACGCUGCGUACGCCGGGACGGCCUUCGCGUGCCCCGAGUUCCGCGGCUGGCUGGCGGGGGUCGAGCACGCCGACUCGCUCAGCUUCCUGCCCUGCAAGAUCAUGCUCGUCAACUUCUACAGCUGCGUCAUGUGGUGA